ACACUUGGAGACACUUUAUCAGUUUACAAUUACAUCCAAAGACACAACUCACUUGUGACACACUUUGUUGUGUGUAAAAGUCCUCCAUGCCCUUUAACUAGAAACCAAGUCACUCUUCUCAAUCGUGACCAAACUGAACAAAACAACAAGUAUCUCAUAUUAAACUUAUAGCUUUACCAAAUCACAAACCCAUAUCCAACAUAAAAAACCCAAUUUCCCAACUUUCAUCUUAAAGGAGAUGAAGAUUAAAAUCCCUAAUCAAUUUGAAAUCCGAUGACUGUCGUUUCUAUUCAUUUUAUUCAGAGACGACGAAUUUAUUAACGUCGCUGGUAACGGAGUCGUCGCCGUCUUGAUCUGUUCUUUCGAGUCCUCUCUUCAUCACCAAGCUUUUCUUACCUCUGGUUCCAUCUCCCAGCCAUUGAGUCAGCCAUGGAGAGCCAUGGAUAGGCAUCAUCUGUUUCUUCUCUCUACCUUAUCUCAAAUCUCAAUUUCAAAACCUCUCUCCUAUCUCAAAUCUCCUUCUCUGUUUGUGCAUCCACGCAACCGAUAAGUGGCGUCGUUUUCAAGCCGUUUGUGGAGGUGAAGAAGGAACUCGAUCUCGUGCCUUCAAGUCCGGAGCUUUCGCUUGCUCGACAUAUGUACUCCCUUGAAUGUGAAGCCGCAGUGAAUGAGCAGGUCAAUUAAGCUUCUUUUUAACCUUUUUUGUGUUGUAAGUCUCAUGCAUCUGAGUUUUUUUGUUGACGGGUUCUUUUGCUGCAAGUUGAAUACAAUGUCGAGAGUUUUGUUGAUAGUUCGUGUCUUGAGAGUUUUGUUGAUUCUUUGAUAAAGCUUGUGUCUUUAUUUAUUAAUUGAGUUGUGUGAUGUGUUGUUGCAGGUUUUUCAAGGACUCAAGUGUGGAAGAAAAAGACCACGCGAGAUGUUGAUGGAGUAUCAGGUUCUUGGCCAAUGGGUUUCAUGUUGUUAUUUCAUUUGAGUUUCGUUUCUAACACUGUUUUUGUUUUGGUUUCUCUGGUCAGCAGGAAAAACGUGGUGGGAGGGUUCAGCUAAAGCCCAUGGUGAUGCCUCAGUCUGAGUUUGAUUACGCUGACAAAGGAGAUGUUGUCUAUGCCAUGGAGUUGGCUCUAUCAUUGGAGAAACUGGUCAAUGCGAAGCUCCUAUACGUUUUCUUCAAAGAUGGGCUCCUAAUAUAACUACUAAGUUCCUCUUCAAAGAUGGGUUCAUGGGCGUUGUGAGGUAAUCAAAUAAUCUCUGAGAAUGUUUUUCUAUAGAUAAAUAAUUUAUUGUAAUAAUUAUUUUGACCUUAUAUAUUUUUAAUGUCCAUGUUCACAUUUUGAUACGUACGAGGCUACUCACCCACCCAUUCUCUACCAAUACGCGAGAAGAAAGGGCCCAGCCAAUACAUGAAAGGGCCCAACAUAUGGGAGGAGUGACGUGUGAAGGAGGAAGAUAAGUUAUCAAGGUGAAUAAGGAAUAAAGUUGUUAGGGGACACAGCACAUGGGGUGUCUGCUGACGUGGGGAGAUCACGUGACGCUAGGCGGUUACGAGGAAGGAGCGUACGUGAAGGAGAGAGAGAGAGUAGUAGUAGUAUAAGUAUGAGCUAGGCUAAUGAAAGAAAGGUAUCAAUUGUUUGAUCAUCAUGUUCAUGGAGAGAUAGUUUGUCUCUUGUGAUUCUUGUAUUCGAUCUUACGAUCAACAGCUUUCUUUCAUAUCAAUAAAAUCAGUCUUUUACAUCUUUGAAUCCCUACACAUAACAACUUGGUAUCAGAGCACUGCUCGAAACCUGGGAAUUAUAGGGCCAAAGAAGGGAGACGGUGAACACGCAACGGAGGUGAUACAACAAAACAGCAGCCGGAUCGCAUCCUUAGAGCAAGGAAUGGAGAGGAUGGCGCUCAUCGAGCAAGCCAUCAUCGCGAUGCAGCAGCAGAUGCAGUACCAGUCUGGAAAGCUCGGCGUCCUCGAUCGAGUCGAACAAAGAUUCCUCGAGGAAGACGAAGCCAGAUGGAGGGUGAUGGAAGCGAUGAAGGGAAAGGGUGUAGUGGGUGAAGGCGCGUCGUCUGGGGAAGCGUUGAUGGGUGAUUCCGAGGUGUUUGGAGUUGGAGAGAAACCCAUCGGAGUCAACCUCGUCAACGCGACCCCGACGCACGACGUCUCGGAGAGGAGAUCAGGAACGGGGGUGUCGCACGAAAGGAUCGAUGGUGGUUGGUUCAACCGUCACCAGGCCUUACCUCGCCUGGAGGUUCCGGAGUUUGACGGUGAGGACGCGGAGACGUGGGUGUUGAGAGUUGAACAAUACUUCGAGAUCGGAGAUUUUACGGAGGAUGACAAGCUCAGGGCCGUGCGGAUGUGUUUCAUCGGAGAGGCGUUAUUGUGGUACCGGUGGGAGAGAGAUAGAAACCCAUUCCGGAGUUGGACGCAGAUGAAGAAAAGGAUCCUCGCUCAGUACGCGAAACAGCAUGACACAACGGCGGGGGAGAGGUUGCUGUCGCUGAGUCAAACCGGCACCGCGAAGGAGUAUAAACGAGAUUUUAUCUCGUUGGCCACUAACGCUCCAGAGAUUCCGGAGGCAGUACUGGAGAUUGCGUUCAUGAGGGGAUUGAAACCUAAGAUCCGUGCAGGAGUGAGAAUGUUUGAACCGAGAGGGCUGGAGAGUAUGAUGAGUUCAGCGCUCAAGGUGGAGGAGUGGUCCGAUCAGGAAGCGGCGUCGCCGGAGCCGGUGAGCGCUAAGGGGUCUAGCACUCGGGCAGAUCCUGUGCGAAGUGGGCCAACAAAUAACAACGUGGGCCAAAAGAAUGGUGGUGGGCCUAAUAACGCAAAGUUUAAGCCCACUAAUCAAACUACGGUCGCGAAGAACUGCGGAGGGGGAAAAACCGGCGUCGCUCACAACAGAGUGAAACCGCCGUUUAGGAAAUUAACACCAUAAGAGAUCGCUCAGAGGAAGGCGGAGGGAUUGUGUUUUAAGUGUGA